AUGGCAAAGUGCGAGUGUUACUUCAUCAACGGCACCCAGCAGGUGAGGUUUGUGCAGAGGUUCGUCUACAACCGGCAGCAGUUCAUGCACUUUGACAGCGAUGUGGGGGUGUUUGUGGGGGACACCCCGUAUGGGGAGAUCCUGGCCAGGCACUGCCGGCACAACUACAAGCUGUUCAGCUCGUUCAGCGUGGAGAGGAGAGUGCCCCCCAGCGUGUCCAUCUCGCUGGUGCCGUCGAGCUCCCAGCCCGGCCCCGGCCGCCUGCUCUGCUCCGUGAUGGAUUUCUACCCUGCGCCGGUGCAGGUGAGGUGGUUCCAAGAUGGGCAGGAGCUGCCGGAGCACGUGGUGGCCACCGACGUGGUCCCCAACGGGGACUGGACCUACCAGGUGCUGGUGAUGCUGGAAAUCCCCCCCCGGCACGGGGUCACCUACAGCUGCCAGGUGGAGCACGUCAGCCUGGAGCACCCCCUCAGCCGGCACUGGGAGAUGCCACCGGACACCGUCCGCAGCAAGAUCCUGGUGGGGGUCGGGGGCUUCGUCUUGGGCUUGGUCUUCCUGGCGUUGGGGCUCGGCUUCUACCUGCGGGAGAAGAGCUCCUGA